GGGAUGGGACCCCAAGGACACUCCGGCCUGAGCUCCCGGUGCCACCCGGGUGCCACCCAAAGGACCGGGCUGCAGCCACCCGGGAGGGUCCCCGCGACCCCCGAGCCCCGAGGAGCGGCGGAGUCCUUCGAGAUGGAGGAGGUGCUGAGCGAGGAUGAKGAKGAKGAUGAGGAUGAUGAGGAUGAUGAGGAUGAUGAGGAUGAUGAGGAUGAAGAAGGCUCCCAGCCCCCCCACGCCUCGGCCAGGACCCGAAGGAGCUCCGCGUUCCGCCGGCGCUCCGACAGCAGCGGCUUCGGGGAGGAGCCGCUCCCGGCCCCGGGACCCCCGGCCCGRSCCCRCCGACCCCACCGGGKGACCUGAGGCCACCUCAGGGAUGUCCCACGGACGUUUUGGACACGCGUGUGACACGUGUGUGUGUGUGCGUGUGUGCGUGUGCGUGUGYGGCACAGAAAAACCUCCGAACUCAGGAUUUUGCCCCAUUUUUUGUCCCCCGGGGGCUGCAGCGGGGACGUGUCCCCACCCCUCGGGGACGUGUCCCCAACCCUUGGGGACGUCACUUGCACUUUGGCCACGUCGGUAACACUAUGGGGGGUGGGGACACAAUAAAGUUCCCGAAGGGGUGACGGUGA